AGGGAAGGGACAAUUUGGGGUUUAUCAUGAGAAGCUGGUGUCUUGGGAGGGCAGGUGGAGGCUGGAGCAGGCCGGGGAGAAAGGUCCCUGUGCAGGGAAAAAGAGGCCAAGCACAAGUCUUAGGAGGGCUGUAUUUCUGAUAGUGAAACCAGGCGGUUCCAAGGGUUGGCAAGUUCUGGUUGUGUCCCUGCUCCCACAGCGGGAUUCCUGAUAGUGGUGACUGGGAGAAAAUUCCAUGGAACCAGAGACACAAAUCGCCCUGCAUCGCCCUGCAUCGCCCUGCACCUUCCUGCCCCAAGAUCUUUCUACCUUUUCCUCAAGUCACACAAAGCCAUCCAGCCCUGUUGCUUGCUCUUUAAUCCCACUCUUAGUCCUCCCUUUCCUGACAAAACCUGUGCCCUACAGAUUUGCUUUGUCCCCUCCAGCUGUUGUUUAGCUGCCCCUCUCUUUUCUGUCUCCUUUGACAUCCCCACUGUCUGUGAGCAUCCUUUCCCUUCUGUGAUUCUACACCAGCUAAACCCACCAGCCUGAGACAGGCUCCCACUCCAGCUCAGCUCCCAGAAACCUGAAUUCACCCUUAAAUCAUCCCCAGGAAAACAGGCAGUCUGUGUCCAGGCUCCCUUUUGGCAAGGGAGAAAUCAGAUUAAAUUUAUAUUUUCUUUUUCUAAUCACCAGGUUUGGGUAUUAAAAAGUAACAUUCUUGAAUAUGUCUUUCAGAGUUCAUUUUUUUUCCCCCCCAAAAAAAAAUCUUCUCAGCAAAUCAUUAAUAUUUGGUGGAUCUUAGUGUGUGACACUUAGAGAUCAAAAGUAAGCAAUCAAAAGUACAGUUGGAAAUAAGUAUAUCUUAGUUUAAAGGUAAUAAUCAGGAAAAAAAUCUAUUUCUAGCUUCUCUGCAUGAAUCUUCACCAACUUUGAUAUUUGACACUAUUAGGCAUAGUUAACCCAAAAACACGCUUUUAAAACAGAGAUUUUCUUUUCUCUGUAUGAAAGGCAGAACCAGGAUUUUGCUUUUUCCUCUUUCUUAGUAGCUUUUCUUAAUUCUUUCAGUGCUUGGCCUUAGGUUGAUUUUAUGUGCUGUUUAAUAUUUGUAGAAUAAUCAUUUCCAAGCAUUUUUUGGGGUCGCCACAUCCCCCUUUUUCCAUGAAUAUUUGGGGUUUUUCUGAUUCUGUCUCCAUGUUGGCGGUGGACUUCUAGAAAGUUUCAUUUUUGCCUAGUUGCAUUUGCACUUUUAUCAGAUUAUUUUGUUUGUGUGUUUUUAUUUUGCUUUAGUAGCUGAGUCACAGGAGACCUUGUCAGAGUAAUGGGCUGUUGAAUACUCCUUUAAAAAUCAAGGCAUUACAAUUGUUCUCUUGCAUGAACAGUUACUUUGCCUGUGAUCACUUGAAGGAACAGAAAAAGAAACUGAUAUGUUGGCGCUUAAAUGUCUUUCAAAAUUACAGUCCAAAGUGCCCCAGUGGUGCUGUGACUCAGGAGCUUAAAACCAACGCAGGGAGCCCAGUACAGAAACCAGACUGGCUUAUCUGGUCAGAAGAGAAGGUGAAAAUUGACCUUUUCAAUACUUAGGCUACUUUUUUUUGAUAGAAUAUUUUGCUAAAAAAUGGAGUUUUGCAGUGUCUGCUUUUAGGCAAUUUUAAUCAUCUUAUUUACCAAACCUUUCUGAACAGGGAUUUGUGGAGUUCCUUGGCUAGAUGGAGCUGUCUCUGUGGAACUGAAGGCUCAUUUAUUUAUUUAGCCACAAGAGGAAGACAGGAUGAGCAAUUGUCACCAAACUCUGUUUCUGUUCCCUUAGCAAUAGCCUGCACACCUCAACACCCAUGUUAAUUCAAAUAUCCCACAUGCUGUUGCAGGAAUCUUACUGAUUUUAUUGAUGUUCCAGGCUGGGUUGGAUGGGGCCCUGAGCAACCUGAUCUAGUGGGUGACAUCCCUGUCUGUGGCUGGGGGUUGAAAUUAGAUGACCUUUAAGGUUCUCUUCCAACCCAAACCAUUCAAUGAUUUAUUUUUUUUUUUUUAAUUUCACCUUUUUCAUAAUGAAAAUGUCUCUGAAGUCCUUUUGUUCCUUGAUCAAUAUUGUUGAUGGGACAAAGAAGUGGACGUCAAGAAAGAAGCAGGAAACCAGAGGUGGCACUAAGCGAGACCAUGGAGGCAGAAAUUGAAAUACAAAACAAUAGAGAGGAAACCGAAGAGCUGAAGGCCAAAAACCAGAAGCUGACAUCAGUCUUUGGUGUGGCAGACUUAAAAAAUGAAGCUGUUGGACUGUACAACCUUGGGCAGAGCUGCUGUCUGAACUCUCUGCUCCAGGUGUUCCUCAUGAAUAUACGCUUCACAAGGAUACUCCGAAGGAUCACAGUGCCACCAUCUCCUGCGCAGAGGAGAAGCAAUGUCCCGUACCAGAUGCUCCUGCUGUUGGAGAAGAUGCAGUAUGGCAAGUGCAAAGCUGUUGGUCCCAGAGAGCUGGCUUGCUGCCUCUCAGAGCACAGAGUGAAAUUGUUUGUGCAGCAUGAUGCUGCUCAGCUCUUUCUGACUCUCUGGAACUUGUUAAAGAAGCAGAUGAAAAAGCCAGAGCUGGUAGAGGAGCUGAGUGAUUUGUACACCAUCUGCAUACAGGAGCAUCUGGCCUGUCAGAAAUGCUCUUUUGAAAUAAAGAGCAACAGCACCAUGUUAACCCUUCCACUCCCAGUGCUGGAUGCCAAUUCUCACAGGCUGAAGACUCUGGAGGAUUGUCUGCAAUACUUCUUCCAUCCAGAGGAGCUGACUGGGCUAAACAUGUGUUUCUGUCAACAGUGUGGGAGGAAAACAACUUUUCUGCAGAGCAUGAAGCUCGUCCAUCUGCCACGGACUCUGACCUUGCACCUAAAACGCUUCUGCUUUGAAAGAUCCUCUCGCACGCACAAGCUGAGUCACUCCCUGCCAUUCCCACAAGAACUUGAUUUCAGGGAAGUCUUGAAAGAAAAUCAGUGUCAAGCAGAUGACAGUGAAAUGGCUACCUGGAAGUAUGAGCUUUUUGCUGUGGUUGCUCAUUCAGGAUCAACCAGCUGUGGACAUUACUGUGCCUACAUUCGGAGCCUCACCGAGGGUAAAUGGUAUUGCUUCAACGAUUCUGAGGUUUGCCAGGUAUCGUGGGAUGAUGUUAAAUGCACCUAUGGACAUUCCAACCUCCACUGGAGAGAAACAGCCUAUCUCUUGUUUUAUAUGAAAAAGCACCCUUGGUAGGCCCGUCCUGGAGUAUCAGAAUGUCUCAGAGCUGUGCAUUGUCCAUGGAGCUCAGCACUUCUAUGCCAGUGCAGACAUGCACAAAUGUUUCACAAGAAAGACAUUCUGCACUCAGCAGCCUUGGUCUUCACAUUUAUUUAUGAAAAAAGUGCAGCAGACACUCAGCUAGGGAAUGGAUCCAGGAAGAGUUGCAACUACAGACCUUUUCCUUUGUGUGUUUUAUGUGUUUAUGUGGCUCUACAUGUUCAUUUCCUCUUUAAAAGAUGGUGAAGUUGGUCCUUGUCUUUGCUGCUUUGCUGUUUUCCUUGAUGCUGACCCCUGGAUUCCAGCCCAGGGGAAGUGUUUGGCCUCAAAGCCUGUGUGAUGUGUGUGGUAAAACUGGAGAGCUGUGGGAGCCAGACAGAGCCAGUAAGAGCUUGACAUUUACUUUGUCCUUUUAGCACCACGUUAAAUGCUGGCAAGCAGGGCAGGAGACCCCAAAAAUCACCCCAGAAACAGCUGGGGGAAGGCUCAGAACCCUUAUGACACACACAUCAGUGGCACACACUCCUUAAAACCUACCUGAAAAUGAAUCACUGCAGGGCCUGAGAUGUGUCAAGAGGUGUUUUAAAUCACCUAAUCACCCGUGUUUUAAUCACAAUAAGUUGGAUUUAUUGGAGCAAUUCUGAUUUACAAGAUGAGUUUGUGUAACUUUGUGCAGGUGAUUAUUAUCUCAACAGGCUUAUCAGGCUUUUAGAUGCAUUUUCUUUCCUGUAGAGGAAAAUAUUCAGAGCAGCAGAGAUUCUGAGGUUGGUUAGUGAUUUUGCACUACACAGGCCAUACACAGUGAUAAGGAAAGUGGGAUGCCUUGAUGUGCUGGAGCUUUUGGGAUUUUUGGUUUUGUGUGGCUUUUAAAGCACUCUUGACAUUAACUCUUGCUGAUCCUCUUGGAUAGAGGAUCCCAGCAGUUUGAGAUCUGGAAGAACCUUCAACCUAAUGCAAUCUAUGACUGUAUCUUUACAAAGGUGCUGGUUUUGUGGGACUGAGCAAUUAUGAAAAUUAUAUUAAAAUUAUAGAAAUUAUGUAAGACUAUAAAACUAAUGAAGAUAUCUACCAUCUAUGUAUAAACUAAUUUAAUUUUGGUAAUGAUGAUGACUCAUGUCCAUUUCCUGAAUGUAAACUGAGAAAUCUUAAGAGCCUAGCUGUGAAAUUACUCUUUCAUGGUGUAGCAGGCUUUUAUUUCACUGUGUUAGCAAUGUCCAUUAGUCUGUUCAGCUCUGUGUUUGUAUUAUUUAUUCUGUGGUAAAAAAAAUCCCAGUGUAUUAUUUGCCAUCAGGAUGAGGAAUUUUCAGCCUGUUCACCUUCAGGAAUGCAUUGCACUCUUUUUAAAGCAUCUUGCAACAGGUGAGUAAGAAAAACAAGUUUCUGUUUGUUUUUCCAACACUUUGCCUCUGUGAAGGAGCUGAAAAAAGCUGCAUUCCCAGGAACUGAGAAGUUAAUGGAGCAAGAGACUGACCUCUUUAAUUACCUGUAACUUGAAAUUUAAAACCUUAUGCUUAUGAAAAAUGCCUUAAAUGUGUCACAACCUUCCAGGGCUGUCACCCAUCAAGGAAAAAAUUGCAGAGAUAUAUUUAAGAAUGUGGAAAAAACCCCAUUUAAUUUCAAUGAAAAAUAAUCAGUGGUUUUUUGAAUAAAAUAGUAUGGGAUAAAUUCCUUAGAAAAUCA